AUGGUGUUCUGUGACUCUUUUGCCUCUGUUGGUGAUCUUUUUGAAGCCUCUUGGCUGUGUAUAGGUGAUUUUAAUUCUGUUUUGGAUCAAUCUGAGAAGCUUGGUGGGAGACAUGUAGCUAGCUCUUCCCACUACCCCUUUAGAAGCUUCAUUGAUCGUUUUGGUAUGAUUGAUAUAGGGUUUGCUGGAAAUCCUUUCACUUGGUGCAACAAUAGGCAAGGAAUGGAUACUAUCAAGGAAAGACUGAAGUUGCUUCUUCCCAAGAUCAUAUCUCCUCUACAAUCUGCUUUUGUUCCAAAGAGGAAUAUCCAAGACAAUACGAUUCUGGCUCAUGAGCUCCUUCAUACUUUCAAAUCCAAGAGAGGCAAAGGUGGUUACAUGUUUCUCAAGAUGGAUAUGGAGAAGGCUUUUGAUAGAAUGGAGUGGGAAUUUCUCGUCUAUUAUGGAAAAAUUGGGGUUCAACCCCAUUUGGAUCUCCUGGAUUAG